UUUUUCUCUUCCGCCGCGGCUGUCCGAGAGGGCAGCGGCCCGUCCCUCGCCAAGCCGCUACCACCCGGCUGCGGUCGCCGCCUCUGCCGCCGCCGCCGCUUCCUCAGUGCGGCCGGCCGCUCCAGAGCCCGCCUCGGUCACGUGAGUCUGCCGAGCCCAGAGAGGCGACGGCGUCGACUGCGACCCCGAGGCCCGCCUCCCAGCACCAAAGAGGCGCAGGAAGGAGAGUCCGCCCGCCCGCCAGCUCCUCAAACAGCUCCUCGCCGGUCCUCCAGCCUUCCAGCGAGAAGAAAGAAAGAGUGUCCCCGGAAACCACCGAAACUCUGAGGGUAGAGCGGCGCACGUUGUUCCCUUUUCCCCGUCCUCCUCGGUGUCGAUUCUCCUGCAAGAAAGGGCCGUGGGCUCCCCCUCUGCCCCGGCGGCUAGCAGGAGCCACAUGAAACCGCCGGCCGUGGGGAAUCGGCGGCGUUAGAUUGCAUUGACCCAGAGCUCUCAGACUCCUCAGUACAAUGACUCAAGCAGAAAUUAAACUGUGUUCUUUGUUGCUGCAAGAGCAUUUUGGAGAGAUUGUAGAAAAAAUUGGAGUCCACCUAAUCAGAACUGGCAGCCAGCCACUAAGAGUAAUUGCCCAUGACACAGGAACAUCACUGGAUCAGGUCAAAAAAGCUCUUUGUGUCCUCAUCCAACAUAAUCUGGUGAUAUAUCAAGUGCACAAACGUGGUGUGGUGGAGUAUGAAGCCCAAUGCAGCCGGGUGUUGCGAAUGCUUCGGUAUCCCCGGUACAUCUAUACUGCUAAAACACUAUACAGUGACACUGGGGAGCUAAUUGUUGAGGAGCUGCUGUUGAAUGGCAAAAUGACAAUGUCAGCUGUUGUGAAGAAAGUGGCAGACCGGCUCACAGAGACCAUGGAGGAUGGCAAGACCAUGGACUAUGCUGAGGUGUCAAACACAUUUGUGCGACUAGCAGACACACACUUCGUGCAGCGUUGUCCCUUGGUGCCUGCCACUGAGAAUUCAGACUCUGGGCCACCACCACCUGCCCCCACUCUUGUCAUCAGUGAAAAGGACAUGUACCUGGUUCCUAAACUGAGCUUGAUAGGGAAAGGUAAAAGGAGGAGAUCAUCUGAGGAAGAUGCUACUGGAGAGCCCAAGGCCAAGAGACCAAAACAUACUGCAGAUAACAAAGAGCCCAUUCCAGAUGAUGGGAUUUAUUGGCAGGCUGACCUUGACAGAUUCCACCAGCACUUCCGUGACCAAGCCAUUGUCAGCGCAGUUGCCAACAGGAUGGACCAGACCAGCAGUGAGAUUGUGAGGACCAUGCUCCGGAUGAGUGAGAUUACCACUUCCUCCAGUGCCCCCUUCACCCAGCCACUGUCUUCCAACGAGAUCUUCAGAUCCUUACCUGUUGGCUAUAACAUCUCUAAGCAAGUUCUUGAUCAGUAUCUCACUCUGCUGGCAGAUGAUCCACUAGAGUUUGUUGGAAAGUCUGGCGAUAGUGGUGGAGGAAUGUAUGUCAUCAACCUGCAUAAGGCCCUAGGAUCCCUAGCCACGGCCACUCUGGAGUCUGUCGUACAGGAGAGGUUUGGGUCUCGCUGUGCCAGAAUAUUCCGUUUAGUUUUGCAAAAGAAGCACCUGGAGCAGAAGCAGGUAGAAGACUUUGCGAUGAUUCCAGCAAAGGAGGCAAAGGAUAUGCUUUAUAAGAUGCUCUCAGAAAAUUUCAUAUCACUCCAGGAAAUUCCCAAAACGCCAGACCAUGCCCCAUCCAGGACCUUCUAUUUAUACACUGUGAACAUCCUGUCAGCUGCCCGAAUGUUGCUGCAUAGGUGCUACAAGAGCAUAGCCAACUUGAUAGAAAGGAGGCAAUUUGAAACCAAAGAGAACAAACGUCUACUAGAAAAGUCUCAGAGGGUAGAAGCCAUCAUUGCAUCCAUGCAGGCUACAGGUGCAGAGGAGGCACAGCUACAAGAAAUAGAGGAGAUGAUCACAGCCCCUGAACGGCAGCAGCUAGAGACCCUGAAACGUAAUGUCAACAAGUUGGAUGCCAGUGAGAUUCAGGUGGAUGAAACCAUCUUCCUGCUGGAGUCAUACAUUGAGAGCACCAUGAAGAGACAAUGACACAGAAGAGCCUUCUUCAAAAGAUCUGGGGGCCAUUAGAAGGAAAAAUAAAGAAGGUGCCUAGAUGCAUCCUUUGCAGGGGGA